UUGUUCUUUACAUUCAGGUUUAGGGCAUUGAAGGUCUCAACUCAGCUUGAGACAUAGUCACCAUCAUUCUUGCGAUAGCCUCAUUAUGCAGUGCUGAUCUGAAACCCCCAUGGGAGAAUGAGAAACAUCAAUUUUUAUGCAGCAGUUCCAUUCCAAUGGCUACCAAACCCAAAGUGUUACUCCUUAAAGCUUCUGAAGAAUCUUCAAGAGAUUUGUUUCAGGAAAAGUUGGAAACAGCUGGCUACCAAACCACAGUCAUCAACACUUCUGUUUUCUCAUUCAUCAAUUCAGAAGAUCUUCUAUGCGAGAUGCAGCAUGAAGAUGUUUAUGCUGGGAUCAUCUUGACCAGUCCUCGUGCAGUGGAGGCCAUUAAAAUAUUGCUUGUUCCUGAAUAUGAUGAGCUCAGGAGCUUGUGGGGGAAGAAAGAGGUAUUCGUUGUUGGCAAAAGGACGAAGAAGGAUGCUGGUGAUUACCUGCAAUGGCCAGACUCCUUAGGCGAGGAAUGUGGAAGUGCCGAGGCUUUGUCAGACUUCAUCAUAAAGCAUUGUCCAGUUAGGAAGAGGAAGUACUUGUUUCCAUGUAGCAAGCUUGCAGGAGAGACUCUCAUUCAGAAGUUGAUGGGUGCUGGCAUUGAUGUGAAGAUCAUCCACAUAUAUGACACAGUUGCCGAUCCUCACUUGGCGCAAUCUUUGGCUAUUUAUCUACAGGACUAUGGGGUUCCCGAGUAUGUUAUAUUCUUCAGUCCUAGUGGUGUGAAGAGUGUCCUUUCUGCCCUCAGUCAUAACCUGGAUGGCUUUCUGAAGUCCAAGAAUCCCAGCUCUUUCGAGGGUCCCUACAAAGACACGGCGGAACUGACUGGGAGACCAUUGGCUGCCCUUCGCCUCACUAAGUGA